ACAACAACAACAGCAACAACAACCUGAAGGUGGAUUACAUCGUUAUGGAAGUGUAUCUGGUCCUAGAGUGGCUCCUGAUAUUAUCGCAUCAGGUAUAGAUACUGAUAUUGGUGGAAAAAAUAGCAGCAAAAAUGGAAAGGAUUUCAGCAAAUUCAUGAAGGGUGUACUCAAAUCUAACGAUGGUCGACCAUUUUCAAGUGACGUUACAAUGAACAACAAAUUCAACUCAUCACAAGAUCCAAGUCAAAAUAGCAACAAGAAGGAAAAAGGUGGUCGAUUCUCUCUGGGUAUUUUUGGCAACAAAAAGGAUAAGAAGAGCAACAAGGAAAGUCGUGAUUCUCUUCAGCGUCUUACUUCAAAUGAUAUAUUAAUCAGUGGGCCUCCUGGUGGAGGACCUGUUGUCAUGGAUGGUAGUGCGAAUCCCUAUGUCAAUAAUAAUAAUAAUAUCAAUACAAACAACAGCAAUCCUAAUGGCAUGGCGACAUCAUCAUCCAAAUCAUCUUCCAUUAUCCCAACUAGUCAACCUAUUAUGGAUACCAGUAUACCAAAUGCAUCAAAUUAUCCUCAACAAUCGAAUAAUAAUGACACAACUACAAAACAGUCCGAUGUUGCCUAUGGUUAUUCUGAAACUUCUAAUCAAUUAUCUGAUGGUACUCCAAUCAUGCAUUAUGCACGUGCAGUAUGGUCAUUUACAGCUACGAUUCCUUUGGAAAUGUCAUUCUCUGCUGGUGAUCGAUUGGCUAUUGUGAAGAAACAAGCUGAUGGAUGGUGGGAUGCUGAAUUACAGGGUCCAAAGAAAACUCGUGGCUUAGUACCUGGAAACUAUAUGGAAACUGAAUAAUAUGUAGCAUCUCUUUUUAUAUAUAUAUAUUUUAUAUACUUUUUAUUAUUAUUAUUAUUAUUAUUAUUA